AUGUUGUGCAACGAGUCAACGGUGCUGCGCGGCGAGCGCGUGGUCCUGGUGCCGUAUCGGCCGGAGCAUGUUCCGACGUACGUCGAGUGGAUGAAGAGUCCAGUGCUGCGAGAACAGACGGCAUCGGAGGCACUUAGCAUCGAAGAGGAAUUCGAUAUGCAGCGGAGAUGGCAUCUUGACCAAGAUAAGCUUACGUUUAUUGUCUUGACAUACGAGCAUGACGUGCCUCCGAACGCAAAUGUGUCAACACUUCUACAAGCAUGUACCAUGGUGGGGGAUGUGAAUGCGUUCCUCUCAGAAUGCCACGACGAUGACAACGGAGACGCGCCACCAACGACGUGGGCAGAAUUCAAUAUUAUGAUUCCCGAGACGCGCUGGCGGCGCAAGGGCUUGGCCACUGAGGCACUGGGACUACUCAUACACUAUAUCACAUCUGAUCCCACACCCCGGCCGCCUGGCCUGGACAUGCAUCCCUGUGCUGCAUUCCCUCUUUCCAAGACCCAGCUCAUUGCUCGGAUAUCACAUGACAACGGACCGUCUCAUGCUUUCUUCGAAAAGCACGGAUUUGUGCGUGUCAAGCAUAUCGAGUACUUUGGCCUGACCGAAUACGGAGUGCAGGAUGCAACGCGAGUCGUUUGUGUGCCGCCACUUGAAGUGCUGGCAUGGCCUUAA